UGGCGUAAUUAAACAUAUCGUGGUAAAUUAUCAGUUACAUCGUAGCACGUCAAUGGGGUGUUUAGCAUAAAAGGGCGCUGGUUCGCAAUUGUGAUCUGUAGUUAUCGUUGCAUACACUGUCAGAAGUGAUCUCAGCUUAAUCGACUUAACAACAAAAAGUGUGUGCUUAUCUAGAAAGCCGGACAACACGUUUCAGAAACAAAAAUGUUGAAUAGCAUCUUACCAUUUAGUCCUGAGGUCGCUAAGGAAGUGAGCGAGUAUUGCCUCAAACACACCAAUGGCGUUCCUCAGAUGAUGGAAGAGGUAUGGAGCUACACCGCGAAAUCAUUCAAAGACGCGGAUAAGAUGUCGUCUCCCAUACAGGGCUCGUGGAUGAUAUUUUUGGCUCAAGAUCGCAAGCCACGAAGAAUUCUUGAAAUCGGAACUUAUUCCGGAUAUAGCGCUUUGGCGUGGUACGAAGGCACAAAGGCUACCCAGGCAGAAAUAAUCACCUUGGAACUCAGCCCGGAGAUGAUUGCGGCUGCUAGGGGAAUUUUUGACAAGUACAACGUCAACGACAGAGUGACCCUAAUUGAGGGCCCAGCCGACGAGUCGCUCAAAACACUUGAGGGCACUUUCGAUCUCAUCUUCGUUGAUGCCAACAAGGAUGGAUACGAGGGUUAUGUCAACACCAUUCUCGAGAGAAACCUCCUUUCGAAGAACGGUUUGAUUAUGUGUGACAAUGUGUUUGCUCGGGGCAUGACGAUCUCACCGGAGUUCAACCCAACCCUUCCUGAUAGUGUCCGCCCAUAUUGGACGGCAUGCGGUAAGGCACUGAGGCAAUUCAACAAUGCGGUCAUCGAGGAUCCUAGGGUAGAUGUCGUGAUGCUGCCUGUUUUUGAUGGUGUGAGCUUCAUUAAGCUGAAAGACCAACAGAUGGAGAACGGGCAAGGGGUCACAAAUUCAAAUGGAGCCACCUUCUAGUAUAGCGUCUUGUUGCUGGAAGCUAAGUAUUGUUGGCCCUCACAGGUCGGGUUGAUCUUCAAAUUGUUGUUGGACGAGACAGGGCAGAGGAGUGUCGUUCAAAAAAGCUUCUCUCAAUAUCCACUUCUCCGGGAGCCAUAUCCAAUUCCGUACUAGUUUAAAUACUCCGCAGUAGAGACAGAAAUACUAUUCUGAUUUACU